AUGGCAACCUUAGAAGGGAAAUUUUCAUUCUCGUCUCUUUCCAAUAAGGAAAAAGAGAAUAGCAAGCUUAGCUAUAUAGAUGACUUUGACGAUAGUGCCUGGGAUCCGCUAGAAGGUCAGAGUCCGAAGUCCUCGAAUCAAAAAGUUUCCUAUCCAUUUCCAGUUGAUUCUGAAGAUUUUGUGGAUGGAGGGUAUGAUUCAGGCGAGGAUCAGUACAACUCUGAGCAACAAGAUGGCCCUCCCGAGGUCAACUUGAGAAAUGUAUUGAGUGGGGUAUUUGCUAUUUUGAGCGGGCGUAACAAAAAUCAUUCUGUUGUAAGCAGCCUCCCCCAGUUACCCUCGUCCAACACUUCGUUUCUUGGAUCUUCUAAGAAUGGUGAAACAUUCUUGAAUGCUUCUGUAUACAUACCGAGCGCACCUCCUCUUCUUCAGCCAAAUUCUUUCAAUUACACUGCUUACAAGGAGGUGUUGGAAGCUGAACCUCCUGAGUGGCUUCCGGACAGUUCCGCCUCAGUUUGUAUGCAGUGCAACGCUCAUUUCACAGCUUUGACUCGUGGAAGACAUCAUUGUCGGUUUUGUGGAGGGAUUUUUUGCAGGGUCUGCUCGAAAGGGAGAUGCUUAUUACCUUUUAAGUUUAGAGAGAGGAAUCCGCAGAGGGUUUGCGAUACCUGCUAUGAUAGGCUUGAUCCAUUGCAAGGAGUAUUAAUCAAAACAAUCAGCAACGCUGUGCAGGUUGCAAAGCAUGAUGUCAUGGACUGGACUUGCUCAAGAGGGUGGCUGAAUCUUCCAGUGGGUUUGUCCAUGGAACACGAGAUAUACAAGUCCGCUAAUACAUUGAGGAGUUAUUGUCAGGCUGCUCGAUUGAACCCUGAGAAAUCUAUACCUGCUGCAGUUUUGAAAGGAGCCAGGGGUUUGGCAAUUUUAACAGUUGCCAAAGCUGGUGCAAUACUUGCUUACAAACUUGGAACUGGCUUGGUUAUUGCUCGAAGGUCAGACGGGUCAUGGUCUGCACCAUCUGCCAUACUUUCUGUUGGUUUGGGAUGGGGUGCCCAGGUUGGGGGUGAACUCAUGGAUUUCAUUAUCGUGUUACAUGACUCUAAGGCCGUGAAAACAUUUUGUAGUCGCUUGCAUUUUUCUCUUGGUGCGGGUUGCAGUGCUGCAGCAGGACCAAUUGGGAGAGUUGUGGAGGCCGAUUUGCGAGCUGGAGAGAAAGGUUCUGGCAUGUGUUACACUUACAGCUGCAGUAAAGGUGCGUUUGUGGGAGUCUCACUAGAAGGAAACAUUGUUGCGACAAGGAUGGAUACGAAUCUUCAGUUUUAUGGUGAUCCAUACCUAACUACAGCUGAUAUCCUUCUUGGGACGGUGGAUAGACCGAAGGCUGCUGAACCAUUGUAUGCUGCCCUUCGAGACCUUCACUGCAAACUACAGUGCUAG